AUGAGUCUAAAAGCAGGACUUGGCGAUUUUAAUAAAGAUAAAGUUGCCAAUAAAUUUGGUGUACAAUUAAAACCAAAAGAUGCAUCACGAACACCAACAACUCCAUUGCCGACGAGAAAACCAACAACAUCAGAAACAUCAAAUGUCACAAAAAAUAAAACAAUUAGUGAUUUUCGUACAGACAAUAAUCCAAAUGGAUUUUUAUCUAAGACAAAUCGUAUUACUACAUCAAAUACAACAGAAACAAUUAAAAAAUCUAAUGAACAAACUGUAACAAAAAAAUCUACUACGGUACCUGUGAAUACAUCUGUAAAGAAUGAACAAGUUCAUUCUUCGACCGCAAAUGUUAAUCAUUCCACAAAGAAAUCAAAAGAAUCUUUAGCAACAAAAGCUCCUGAAGUAUCAAAAAAAUCUACUGUAUCACCAACUGAUAAACCUGUUUCACCAGCAUCAUCUGUCAAACAAUCCACUGUGCCCACAACGCACCCUAAAACUGAAGCUCAAGUUGAAAAGAAAAAAGAUCAACCAUUAACCAGACGACAAUCAUCAAAAACAUUGGAGAAUACAUCCUCAACGGAAAAUAAAAAUACAACAACAGCAGCAGCAAAUAAAAAUACAACAACAACAACAACAACAACAGCAACACCAAAUGCAUCGACAACUUCCUUAAAAAGGUAA